AUGUCUGCCCUCCGUAACAUCAAGAGCCUCGCUCCCCUCCUGGACCGCGUUCUGGUCCAGCGCAUCAAGCCCGAGGCCAAGACUGCCUCCGGUAUCUUCCUCCCUGAGAGCAGUGUCAAGGAGCAGAACGAGGCUAAGGUCCUUGCUGUUGGCCCCGGUCUCCUCGACCGUGAGGGCAAGCGCCUCCCCAUGGGCGUUGCCUCCGGUGAUAAGGUUUUGAUCCCUAUGUUCGGUGGUUCCCCCAUCAAGGUCGGCGAGGAGGAGUACACUCUUUACCGUGACUCUGAGAUCCUUGCUAAGAUCAACGAGUAA